AAAAAAUUUUAUAUAAAUCACCCACCCCUGCCCACAUUUUCUUCAGUAAACUAGUACACAUCUUUCGUACAGCUUAUAUUUCCACAAUUCCUAUUCUCCAUGAAAAUGGGUUUUGCUGGGGUUUUGUUGUUGGGUUUUCUAGCAAUGGUCUCAUCUGGUCAUGGAUAUGAUGGUGGUUGGAUCAAUGCUCGUGCCACCUUCUAUGGUGGAAGUGAUGCUUCAGGAACAAUGGGUGGAGCUUGUGGUUAUGGAAACUUGUAUAGCCAAGGCUAUGGAACAAAUACUGCAGCUUUGAGCACGGCUCUGUUCAACGAUGGGCUGAACUGUGGGUCUUGCUAUGAGAUUAAGUGCAUGAAUGGUGAUGGCAAAUGGUGCUUGCGUGGCUCCAUUGUGGUCACAGCCACUAAUUUCUGCCCUCCAAAUGAUGCAGGAGGGUGGUGCAACCCUCCACAACAUCAUUUCGACCUUUCUCAGCCCGUUUUCCAACACAUUGCUCGAUACAAAGCUGGGAUAGUUCCUAUUGCUUAUAGAAGGGUACCAUGCAAGAGAAAUGGUGGCAUCAGAUUCACAAUCAAUGGCAAUUCUUACUUCAACCUAGUCCUCAUCACCAACGUUGGUGGUGCCGGUGAUGUUCAUGCCGUGGCCAUAAAGGGAACCAGGACUGGUUGGCAGACCAUGUCUAGGAACUGGGGCCAGAACUGGCAAAGCAACAGCUAUCUCGACGGCCAAAGCCUCUCGUUUAAGGUCACAACAAGCGACGGACGUACUGUGGUAUCCUACAACGUUGCUCCUCCUAACUGGUCCUUCGGGCAGACCUUCACUGGCAACCACUUUCAGUAGCCACCUAAUGACCCUCUUUUUUGUUAAAUUAAAUGUUGAAGUAUAUAGCCAUAGUAUAAACUAGGUCUAGCUAGUUAGAUAAAUAGUAGUAUAUGUUCAUAGGGACCAAUUAUGGGCCUCUUGGGUAAAAAUCAACAAAAGAGUUUAUUUUAAAUAGCCCUUUAUCAUUUUGGGUUUAGUUUAAUUAUGGGGUUGGUGUC